UUGUGUUUUAUAAUUUACUUUAUUCUCGUGUGGUUCUUAGCAGAUUGUUAUUUGCAUUGGUUACACUUAAUAUCUGGGCUUUGAAUUGUAGGCUCAUCUUUUCAUAUGCAGAGAAAAUCACAUUAGUGAGUUUACCCAACUCCUAUAAUUGCUUGGAAUCGCUUGACACAUAUUUUUUAAGUUUUAGCAAAGUAACACAUUCUUGAGUAGAGGAAAACUAAAAAAAGUACAUUUCACCAACUCAAAAAUUGACUAAACUCUUAAAAUUGCUUGGAAUCGCUUGACACAUAUUUUUUAAGUUUUACCAAAGCAACAGUUUUUACAGUGUGGGACCUGGUUGUCCAUUAUCGUUGAAGUAAAUCUCAUGUGUGAACAAAGAGAUCAGUUUCCUCUUUCUCGUGCUGGUCGUUCUGUGUUUGUUACUCCCCUUCGUACCCCUAGAUUUUGGAGGGAACGUAACAAAUGGGGGCUCGUCCGAUCUUUGAGACAAAGAGUGAGUAUCUGUUUGUGGUUUAGCGUUGAUAUUGUGUUUGGUAGCAUUGGCUGUGAAGUCUCUUGCUGUUUGAAAGCUUCCUCAGUUUAGAUAGGGGAGUGUCUUUCCUUCAGGCACUCGUUUUUUAUUUUGCCUUUUUUAUUUUCGGGGUAAUCCUGGGUGGGGAUUUAUUCCCUGUUGGGGGCAGGCGUUUCAGGGUUUCGGCCGCUGAUGUUUGCCUUUAAAGUCGGCUCGAGCCCGGCACGCUCCAGAAGAUAGUUAGGGAAGUUUGGUAGGCAGGAUCUGGGGAAGUUUGUUAAAAAAAAAACAAAAAAACAAAAAACAAUUGUAAGUAGCCGUUGAUAAGGAUGGCUUUUGUUUUGGAGCAGUUUGUGGCCAGUCCUUCUGUGGGUCAGCUAGACUGGUGUAGGAAGGUUGAUUUGCGGUUAGUUGCUGACCAUUAUCACGUUUCUGUCUCCUCUGCUCUUGUUAAAAGUGAACUCAAGGCUAUGGUGCUAACCGGACUAGUUGAACAGGGGGUUUUGAGUCUGCCUACUUCAGUGGAAUCUCCUGGAACGGUGGCCGGGGCUGUAGCAGCAGAGUCUCCUGGUGGAGGCCGCGUUGGUGUUACUCCAGGUGUUUCAGAGUGCUACGGAACAGGCAACACUUUUCAACAUGCCUCAGUUGGACUCGUUUUCGGCAGGGUCCUCACCUACGGGGUCUAAAUUAGAUGCCAGGGUAAAAGUGCGUAUGGCUCGUCUACAGUGGGAGAAGGAGGAGCGAGAUAGGGAUUUUCAGCUCAGGAGGGAGCUGGAGAUCAGGAAGUUGGAGCUGGAGAUCAGGAAGUCGGAGCUGGAGAUCAGGAAGUUGGAGGCAGACACUGAUGUCAGGAGGGAGCUGGAGAUCAGGAAGUUGGAGGCAGACACUGAUGUCAGGAGGGAGCUGGAGAUCAGGAAGUUGGAGCUGGAGAUCAGGAAGUUGGAGCUGGAGAUCAGGAAGUUGGAGAUCAGGAAGUUGGAGCUGGAGAUCAGGAAGUUGGAGCUGGAGAUCAAGAAGUCGGAGCUGGAGAUCAAGAAGUCGGAGCUGGAGAUCAAGAAGUUGGAGGCAGACACUGAUGUCAGGAGGGAGCUGGAGAUCAGGAAGUUGGAGAUCAGGAAGUUGGAGGCAGACACUGCUGUCCGGAUGCGUCAGUUAGAGCUUCAGGCAGCUGGGGGGGGUGAUUCUGCCGUUACAUCUUCUGGUCCUGCUGCCUCCUUCGACGUGAGUAGGCAUAUUUCUUUGGUCCCUGUGUUUCGUGAAUCAGAGGUGGAGAUCUAUUUUGGUGCAUUUGAGCGCAUUGCUGCUGCUCUGCGCUGGCCAGAAGACGUGUGGGCUAUUCUUUUACAGUGUAAGCUAGUCGGCAAGGCUCAAGAAGCUUGCUCUUCUCUUUCUGUCGAGGAUAGUUUAGUGUAUGAGAAUGUUAAAGGUGCUGUUCUCAGGGCAUAUGAGCUUGUGCCUGAGGCCUACAGGCAGCGUUUUCGCGGCCUGAUGAAAACUUCUGGCCAAACUUACGUGGACUUCGCGAGGGAGAAGAAAGUCCUCUUUGACAGGUGGUGUAGAGCUUGUAAAGCUGACAACAUUACUUCAGUGUGUGAGCUAAUGAUGUUAGAGGAGUUUAAGAACUGUGUGCCUGAGCGUACGGUAGUCUACCUGAACGAGCAGAAGGUAACUACCCUUCAGCAGGCUGCCACUCUGGCAGACGAGUUUGCACUGAUACACAAGAGCGUUUUCUUUCAGCGUGAUCCUCCUCAGCGAGACACUUAUCGUAGAGCUCCUGACAAUUACGUCCCCUGUGCCAGUGUUCCAGUGUUAGAUCCCAGGCUAAACAGAGCGUGUUUUUUUUUUGUCAUGACCCAGGUCAUGUGAUAGCAGACUGUGCAGGUUGGAAGCGAGAGCAGACAGCGGCUGGCAAGCACCCAGAAGGGGUGGGAUUGGUUACAGCAGUGUGUCGUAGUGGACGGGCCACUGUUAACAAAGGGCCUGAUGAGUGUUUGAAACCGUUCAUCUCUACUGCUUUUGUCUCUCUGUCAGGAAAGGUGGAGGACCAGCGGCAGGUCACGGUGUUACGAGACAGUGGUGGCUCACAGUCGUUCAUUCUUGCCAGUGUCCUGCCCUUGAGUGCUGAGUCUGCCUGUGAUGCAAGUGCGGUGGUAAGAGGUAUUGGGAUGGGUUGUGUGCCUGCACCUCUUCACAAGAUCCAGGUACAGUCUAAACUGGCUACUGGUUUCUUUCCAGUUGCUGUGCUGCCCAAGUUUCCUGUCGACGGAGUGGAUUUCAUAAUGGGUAACGAUAUAGCCGGGGGUAAAGUGUAUCCUACUGCUGAGGUUGUAGACGUUUCAGUCCCUGGUGCUGCAGGUGGUGACCUAGCUCAGACUCAUCCGGAGGUGUUUGCAGGUUGUGUUUUGACCAGAACUCGAGGUCCCAAGAGAUUAUGUUUCUUUUGUCUUGAUCCUGGUCAUCUAGUGGCAGGGUGUGUAGCUUGGAAGCAGCAGGUGGCAGCUUCCAAGCAGUCUACGGAAAAGUCAAAAGACCAGCACCAAGACUACAAUAUCGUCAUCAAGCACAAGAGGGGAGCAGAUAAGGUGGUGGCCGAUGUACGGUACUGUGGGUGAGAUUACGAUUACAAUGGGUCACGAUUCAUGUCCAAUAGUCUGAGUGUUUUUGGUAACUGUGGCCAAACACUUGUUUGGUUUUAUGGGGGGGGGGUGUUACAUGCCGUGGUGUGUGUGUGGGUGUGUGUGUGUCUUUCUCUCUCUCCCUCUGA